UUGGAAAUGAAAACUUGUUGUUUAUCCCCGAAGAAGAAAGCCGCGCAGCGGGGGGAGGAAGGGGGAAGUUGUUGCACUCGCGGGAAGAAUGGCGGAAAUGUGCAGUCUGUCCAUGUAAUAAACAGCAGCGAGUCAAAACAUUUCCUCAUACGCUUUGUCCUGUGUUUGUGUUCAUGCCAGUCGAAUGAGAGAUGCAAGAUGCAAAACGAUUCAAUGCAGUUUUCUGCCUCUGGACACAUCAGUGAAGUCAGCUGUGAGACGGUCACUCAACAAUCUCAGGACAAGUCUUUCCAGUGCAGCAAGUGUAUACUGAUCUUCAAGUCCAAGGUCUACCUUUUUGAGCAUCUUAACAAGGUGCAUGGCUUAGAUAUAGCGGCUGCUCUUCAAAGUGCUGGUUUGAAAUCUGCUGAGACGUACAAAACCAGUUCUGACAAGAACAGCAGCAGAAGUUCAGGAAAACACAUGAAAUGCCAGCAUUGUGGCUUUAAAGCUUGUAAUGUGGAAGUUUUAAAUGAACAUAAGAAACAGUGCAAAAAAAAUGAAGGUCUAAAUCUUAGCGGAACGUCAGUUUUUUCUGAACAACCGGAAAUCAAAAUAACUUUUACUUCAGCAAACCAGCACAAUGAAGCUGAAGAAGAAGAGGGGAUGCCUUCGAUUGUCUCUGUCGUGUCUCUCUCUGAAGCUGAAUGCACACUUAGUUCACCAAAAGAUCUGAAAACAUACAAGAGGCCGUCACAAACCAUCACCAAGGACUUUCCAGUAGACUCUGGAUCAAAUGAGAAACCCAAUGCAAAGUUUACAGAUGAGACUGAAGGGACUCUAAUUUUACAGGACUCUCCCUCAAGCUCCAGUCCCAACAAGAAUGGUGUAUUUAAAGUCACUGCUACUCCCAAGAUUGAUAUCAGAAGUGGAUCUUAUACUUAUUUGCAAUACGAACACCUCAUGGUUGCUGACCUAGAACCUAAGCCCAAAGAACAACUUGAAGAAAUUGCUAAUAACUUUGCAAAGAGGACCAAGAGUGAAAGUUCAGAAGGUCCUUCUGCUAAAAAACCUAAAUCAGAAGAUGAAAAGACAAAGGUUCUAGAAAGCAUAAGCCCAUCUAAACAACCUUCAAACAGCACAGAUUUUUCAUUUGAAGUUAGUGACGAAGAAGAGGAAAACAACGUUAAUAGAGCCCCACGAAAACAAAAAACAUAUUUCUGUAAGCACUGUGAUUACAGCAAUGUGAGCUUUAGUCAUGUGUCUUUUCAUUAUCAGAACGACCACCCUUUCAUCAGAUGUAAAGCUGUCUACAUUCACCACCCAAAUGAUAAGAGUGCAACAUUUCGCUGCCUUGUGUGUCCAGUUGAGUUUCAAAGCGCAAUUGACCUCAAGUGGCACUACGUGGAAAACCAUCCAGAGGCCCCAGAUAUAUUUAAAAUGAAAUCUAGUGAGCUUGAUUUGGUUUUUAAAUGUUUCGAAUGUCCAUUCACCCCCACCGACUCAAAAGCUUUGAGACAGCAUUACAAGACGCAGCAUCCAACUUUUGACGCAGGCAAUUCUUUAUUGUUCUGUAAAUAUUCAACAACUCCAUACCAAGUGGAAACACCUCAGCUGAAAACAUGUGAAAAAACACCCAGUCCAGAAAGAUCAAGAGAAAUGUCACCAGAUAAAGCUAAUUCACCACUGAAGGAAGCCAAAAAUACACCUUCGCCUCAACAGCCCACCUCCUGUGGAUCAGACGUGGCCUUACAUAAAUGCAGCAAAUGUGAAUUUGCCCAUAAAUCAGUUGUAGUUAUGCAUGUUCACUACCAAAAAAACCACCCAGAUGAAGCCAUGACAAUACCUAAAAUCAAACAGUUGACUCUUGUCACAUCACGUUCAGCAUCACAGCCAGCCCCUGUAAUGGAAACUCCGGAGAAAGCAAAAGACAAACCUGAGCUGUCGCAGCAAAAGAAGGUUUCAUUGCCAGUGUCUGAGCACAAACAAGAGGCUUCCAAGAAUCAUUCAGCAUCUCCAGGAACUAAAAAAGUGGAAUGUGUGAAGGAUGAAAGCAAAACAGAGGCACGUUCUAUAAAAUCCAAAAGGAAAGUAACUGCUGGAAUGGGCCGCUUGUCAUGUAGUUCACCAGAAGACCUGAUGUACUGCCAGUUUUGCGAUUACACAAGUACCAGCAUUAAAAGUGUUAUUGGUCAUCAUUGUGCAAAACAUUCAUUGAUUACAUCAAUAAGUAUUGAAGAAAUCAUAUUUUACAGUGCUAGGGUACGCAAAAAGAAGAGUGAAGCUCAUCUUAAAACUGGGAAACAAGUGAAAGAACGGAGUGAAACAGAAGCUGAAUGUGAAGAGAAGGAUGUUGCAGGCGUCUCUGUGACAGGACAUGAUGCUUAUUUACAUGCUGAAAAACUCUUUUACUGUCAGGAGUGCAACUUUGGAAAUCAAUCUGUGUUAGGCGUACUUAAUCAUCAGAACAAAAUGCAUAAACAUAUAAAAGCAAACAGUGUUGCUGUUCUUAAGCACACAGCUUUGAUCCGUGAUGGAAUUGAAAAAUCAAAAUGUCUUGCAAAUGGCUCCUCAUCCUCUGCUCGUUUACCUCUGCCUCUCAUUAACGAAGGUGAUGAAAAUAAGUUUUUCUGCCCUUUAUGCAACUAUCGACAUGGCAGUAUUAACGAAUUAAUGCGGCAUUGCACUGUUAGACACAAUGUUCUUGAUGCUAAGGCUAACAUCCAGGAGUACACCUCUAAAGUUCUCAAACAGGUCGGGACCUCACCGCUGAAAACAGUUGUGAACCAAGAAGUGAAACUAGUGGAGAUGAAGGAGAAAAACAAGAAAAAAAGAAAGAAACUUGUCAACACCUCUUCAGGUUCAGCUCCAGCACCGUUCAGUGACUCAGAAUCCCCGAAGAUCCUGCAGUGCUAUAAAUGCCAAUACAGUGCUAAAAAUAUGUUUCUUUUAAAGAAUCAUUUAUGGAAAUCCCACCAGUCAAAUCGCACAGUCACGGAUCUUUUAAGAACAUACUUUCGACAAGGGGUGAUACAGACGGGCUACCACUGUCCGUGGUGUGACUUCAGUCAUCAAGCAGCAGCAGCAGUCUUAAAACACAUCAAGGAGCAACAUCCAGAACGCAAGUCAAGUUUAGAGUAUGUAAGCAGUCGGUUUUAUGUUGGUCCAGAUUCAUUGGUUCCUAAAAGGAAGAAGCAUAAAAUAAAGCAAACUCAUCAUGGUGAUGACAGUUUGGCAACCCAGAGAUCAGGACAAAAUGAAGCAGAGAUGCAUCUGUGCAGUGCAUGUUCUUAUAAAAGUGACUCAAAGUCGGGUCUUGAACGCCAUUACCAAGCUGCUCAUCCUGGGUUGUCGAAAGAAGAUGGCUUGGGUCCCCUGAAUGACAAGAGGGCAAGUGCACAAAGCCAGAUGGAUGACCUGAAUGAAAUGCCUGGCUUAUUUGAAUCCUUCCAAGUGCCUCUCGAAGAUGCCGAGGAAGUAAUUUCAUCUUCCACAAUCUUCAAGUGCUCUUCCUGCCCUGCAACUUUUAAUACCGAGCAUGGUCUUAACACUCACUGUGGGAUGAGACACCUCAAGGUUGUAAAUGCAAAAGAAGCACAGAAACAACAAUCGCAAAACCAAACACGUUUGCACGUCUUCAAGUGUCCUUAUUGCGCCUACGUCAAUACCGCCUAUCAGGGAGUUCUCACUCACUGCCAGAUGAAGCAUCCCGACCUGAACUCCAGGGCGGACAGCCUUCAUGUGGAUAUUACAACUCUACAAAACCAGGAUGAAUUCAUGCAAAAAAAAGAUACUGGUGGCACUUGGAAGUUUAGUGGGUUCUUGUGUAAAACCUGCCCACAAAUCUGUGCAACGUUGGAUAAACUGGAAAAGCACAAUGAGCAGCACCUCAAUAAGAUGAAACCAAGCACUGAAACAAGCAAUCUAAAAAAAACGUCUCCGGAAACAUCAGCUGUUAAUACGACAAAAAGAAGCAAGAUCCUCAAGACUCAGCAGUCUGCAUCUAAGGCUUCGCUUUUAUCUAAGAAAGCCUCAGUGAAAUGUUCCCACUGUUCUUAUAGUUGCAACACAAAAAUGGCUCUCAAGCAACACUUGUACAUUCAGCACAAGGAGGCAGUCUCAAAUAAUUUUGUAUACAAGUGUGAGCUGUGUCCCAAAUUCUACUUCACUAAAAUACGAAUUGGAAGACAUUAUUCUAAGGCACAUGGAAAGAAGGCCUUCUUGAAAUACUUUGCUUCUGUAUACAAAAAGAAGGCUUAUAAGAGAUCUUCAUCUCAGGACCACCCAUUAAAGCUGGAAAAUAAUCCAACAGAAGUCACAAAAGUAGUUUACAGAUGUCCAAGCUGUCCGUAUGUGAAUACUAGUCACCAUGGAACGCUCACUCACUGCCAAAUGAAACAUCCCGCCAUUAUAGUAAGAGCAGAGGCACUUGAAAUAGGGGAAAUACUUGUAGCCAACAUGAUUGGAUGUUCAUUGGGAAGAAGUUCCAAUGAAAGGGGUUAUGUGUGUAAAAAAUGUACACAAAUUUAUCCAUCAUUGACAAGACUGAAAAUCCACUACGAGAGGGAUCACAGGAAGAAAACAGCUUCUAAGCUUCCAGCUCAGACUGAAACACAAAGGCAACCUGUGAACAGCAUGCAGCGCUCGGUAUUGGAGGCUGGCUCUUUCGAAAAAAAGGCAUCAGAAGUCGGCGUCACAGAAACGGUCCCCAGUUCAUGCAGUCCUGAGACGGGUCAGUCAAGCUCGGUGUCGGUACAGGACAAAAAGAUAAUAUAUAGAUGCCAAAACUGCACUUACACGGCGUUGCAUCGAAAACGCCUGCGUUGUCACUACAGAAAUAUUCACAAACUGGAUGCACGUAGUACGUACAGGCUGAUGGAGAAGUAUAACAUGCGGAAAUGCAACUACCUGCCCCGGUGUGCCGUAUCUGACAAAAGAGCAGAGGUCAAAUGUAAGAUCUGUCCAAACUUGAUGUUUGACUCAUCUCAGCUGCUCAUUGACCAUUACAGUGCUCAUCAUCCCUUGGUUUGCAAAUCAGACUUCAUAGUGAUAUCACUUGGAUUGAAGUGGAAAACUACAGGGGUUUACAAAUGUGCGCACUGCAAGACGGUAUUAAAUGGAACUAAAAUUCUUUGGCAUCACUUGGAACGCCACAAAUUAAGCCUGGCAGAGAGUAAAGAGAGAGAGGCAUCUGCUGACAGCGCUGCAUCUGAACCUAAAUCCACCCAACUCAUCAGACAGGAUGAAGUGCUCGCGCAGCAGAAUGUAACAUCAGUAGAGAGCCUCGCUUUGCCACCAAGUUCUCAGUUAUCCUCUUCAAAAGCCACUGAUGUUGAGCCACAGGUAGAAGAUAAAGAAGAAAGAUAUGCUUGCAAACAGUGCAGGAUGACAUUCAUGUCUCUGAAAGGUCUGCGUUCACAUGAGCGCAGCCAUGCAGCCAUGGCAGCCAUCAAGAAGGGCAAUCUGGCCACUUCACAAUUGAGCAUCUACAAGUAUGUCCUCCAUAAAUCUGGGAUUCAGAAGCCUUUCCGAUGUGGCUGCUGUGCUUAUCGGACAAAUCUUUUGGGCCUUUGGAGGAGUCACUUUAUGAAAACCCAUAAAGAUAUCGUUCAGAAUGGUGAUGUUGAGGCAGACAAUGAAGAUGAGAUCACUCAGUGGCCCAGUAGUGAGCUUUGUGAUACCUCAGAGAAAAUAAUUACUUUACCUGAACCUGAUGAAGAACUUGAAGAGACUGAACAAUCACUGUACCUGGAGCCCCCUGAUGUGCAGCGGCAGUUGAACCAGUACAGCUUGAUGGCGCAUACUUGCGCCAAAUCUAAUGAGACCGUGCAAGAAACGGCUUUACCUGAAAGCAACCUGCUUCACUGUGAGUUCUGCAGUUUUAAAAGCGAACACCUGUCAAGUGUCCGAAGGCAUUACCUCAGCCGCCACGGAAAGAAGAUCCUCAGGUGUAAAGACUGCAGCUUUUUCACUGGUUUACAGAAAACCCUGGACGUCCACAUGGAGACAGGCCACUCCACCUGCCAGUCUGAACCUACGCACCAGAAGGAUCUCCGCUGCCCCUUCUGCCUCUACCAGACCAAGAACAAAAAUAACAUGAUUGAUCACAUCGUCUUGCAUCGCGAGGAACGUGUCGUGCCGAUAGAGGUGCGUCGGCCAAAACUGUCACGGUACCUACAAGGCCUCGUCUUCCGCUGUCACCAGUGCACCUUUUCAAGUGGUAAUGCUGAAAGCUUACGUUUGCACAUGAUGAGGCAUGAUGACAUCAAGCCUUACAAGUGUCGGCUUUGUUACUUCGACUGCACUUGGCUGAGCGACCUGGAAGCACACCUGAGUGAUAAGCAUCAGGUUUUGAGGAAUCAUGAGCUCGUGGGUCAGGUGUCCCUGGAUCAACUCAAAGCAAGGACAGAUAUUUCAGAAAAACAUGACAAACACAAUAAUGACAGUGAAGAUGCAGAAAGUGAGGAAUAUUUUACAGAUUGCGAUGACAUUCCACAAAACUUGGUAGAGAAUGACACCAAUAAGAAAAUGUCUACCCAAGCACAUAAGAAGGCUGAACAGGAUAAAAAUGAAGAAAACCCAACCAAAAAAUCCAUUUUAGAUAUUCAGUAUAACCAUGCAAAUCCAAACACUACUCUUCAAAAUAUGCAUGAGAAGGACCCUCAAACACAAGCAGCUUUACUUCAAACUACAAAAGAGCAAAAUGUUGCAGAAGGUAAUAAUCCAGAAACCCAAUUUGAGGAUUGCAGUGGUCCAGAGAAGGAGGAGCAGAGGAAUAAGAACCAAGCCGAACAUAAAGAGAGUGCAGCAGAUGAAAAUGCUCAGGAUCACAAGCUGCAUCUUAAAAUCCCUUAUCAUAGAAUCCUGGACAUUGAGGCAAAAGUCGAAGACGACAUCCUGGACCAUAUCUUACAGUUGGAUAGGGAUGGCAGCAUGUACAAAAUCCAUAAGACGGCAGAUCAGAUGAGGACAGGCAAAGAGGAGCAGAACACCGAGCCUCAGGCCAUUAAUCUGUCACUACGUAAGAAAGACAACAUCCCUGCAGACCAAAAUCCCAAAAAUGAAAUAGACACAAGCUCCACCUCAGCUUUAUCGAAGGUAAAUAAUGCACAGAGAAAUAACCCCAAGGCUCAGGGAGGUUUCACAGUUGAAAGGCAUUUGCUGACUUUGUCGCCCAGUUAUGUACGGGCUAAGUUAAGCCAUCAGGACAGUUUAGGUGCUUCAUUUGCAAUUUGCAAACGGGAACAAAAGCUAAAUCUGAAAAACUGCAAGGAAGCUCCUGAGCCUUGUGGACAGAUACCAGUGCUUGAGAAUGAAUAUCUCGAGAGACUGAACCAUCUUGAAAAUUGGGUGCUGGAAGAAGAGGAGACUGAUCAUCUGGAGCAGAAGCAGGAUGGAGCAGAUGACAUGAACACAGAGACCUCUUGCAAGGACCAGGAUACUCCACAUGUCAACAAAGAUGUGCAAAUGUCCACAGAUGAAGCUGCUGAAGACCUGAAUGAAGAAAACCGGUUUACUUGUGAAUUUUGUGGCCGAAACCUCACAAACAUCCAUGAACUGAAUCGCCACGUCAUGCGUCAUGGAAAGUGAUAUUUUCUGUUAUGUGGAUGGUUGAGGCAGCUUCCAUUGUUUUGUAUGGAAAGGUGUAUUUUUUUUUUUUGAGCUACUUUCUUUCUCACUUACCUCCUUUUUGCUGAAUAACAAGUUUCAAAUAAAUGUUUUUUAAUAUUUAGUAGAUUUUAAACCUUUUGUAAUGAGAAGCUUUUAUGGAACACUUGUUAUGUACCAGACUACAUAUGAUUACAUCAAGAAAUUAAACUUGACAGCAAGAUGAUGAUUGUAUUUGACAGUUUGUAAUAAAAUCAUAUGUAGUUUAGUCUUAUCAAAAACUUUUAUAUGCUUUUUGUUUUGUUUUUUUUCUAUAUUCACGCAGUUAAUAAACUUUCAAAAAGCGGUUUUAUGAGGUUAUUGAUUAAAAAAAAAAAAGUUUAGUUUUUAUUCUGCUGCGUUGUUGCAUUAAAAAUCUGUUGAAGGUCAGUACCAGAUUGAAAAAAAUGUUUGUCCUUCCAUCAAUUCAGUUGGGCUUUUGACCUUACCUUCAUAUUUACAUUUGAAGGGUUUACUAAUGGAGGUUAAUUAAAUUCUGUUUAUUUGUUUUCUAUUUGGUGUUUGUGUUUGCAUUUCACAUUGUUUGCAUUUUACAUUUUGGUAACAUUUCAUUUAUUUUUUUUCGCCUUAUGGCAGCAUCCACAGUUAUGGUAAAGCAUUCAGAUGUCUGUAAUAAAGUACAAAAUCAUUUAAAUAUAUUUUUGCAAGUGUCCCUGUUAGUUGCAUUUGCUUAAGCAACACUGCCUGUGUAUAUGGUUCAUUUUUAUUCUGAAAUAAUAUAAAAUAAUUAAAACUGCCGUAAAAA